AUGGCACCUCUUGUCUAUAUCAUUUGCACGCACUAUCUGAGCGAUCCACUCUCUGCAGAAUUUAAGCAAUUCUUCAGCAAGCUUGGCGCGGUUCGAACAAACGACGCCCAGUCGGCAGCCUAUAUCAAGGCUGCGGAGUCCACAUCGAAAGAUGUCCAACCAGAACCAGGCCUUCUGAUUGUUGGAGCAAUCGAAGGCAUCAUGUAUUUCUUACUGGGAAAAAUACGCGGAAAGGGCGCUAACGAUGUGUCGCCUGACGAAAGACAUGGCGUAGGUGACUUUUCCGGAGACGCGGUUCCGGACAAGGUCACUGGAGGCGGCACGUUCACCAUGACGUUGAAAGAAAAGAGCGUCGACCUGCGAUUGAAUUAUGAUGAAGAGCGCUUCACCUAUACAUACUCGGCGGAAGGUCAUGAAUGGGAUAUCGAUGGAGACUGGAGUGGCGAUUGGACAGACAGCUUUUGA